ACACACACACACAGAGCUGUGUGCAGUGUAAUAUGAUCGGUCGCUCAGUGAGCUGUAAUUCAGGUCUCGUGUCGGAGAUGCUCUUACGCGCAGACAAAGGAAGCAGCUCCUCGUGCCGCUCGCGUCGGUGAUUCUCAUCCAGGCCCAGAGGACGAACACACACACUGGCCACAUCACUGCCCUCGGACAUGCGUUGGGGACUGUUGUUGCUGCUGUUUCUCUCCUCGAUGAGGAGCUGUGGGUGCGCGCCGCCGCAGACUUGCCAUCCAGGAGACGAGCUUUUAGGAAGAUGCACCAACGACGUGUUGGGAGAUAAACCUACCUGUACGCAGCUCACGCUGGGCUACUGCAAUGACCUGGAGUACUCGAGAACCGUAUUUCCCAACAUCCUCGGCCAACGGAGUAGCCGGGACGUGGAGUCGAGUGCAGAGUACCUCCUGCUCAGCGUCAUCCACGGCCUGCUCAGCGGGGAGUGCUCCCCUGAGAUACGCCUGGUCGGCUGCUCGGUUCUCGCCUCGCCCUGCCAGGACGACAAGAUGAUAAAACCCUGCCGCAGCACGUGCGAUGCAUUGAGGAGGGACUGUGCCCAUGCCUUUGAAGCCAUCGAAAUGGCCUGGCCCUACUUCCUGGAUUGUGACCGUUUCUUUGCAAGUAACGAGGAGGGCUGCGUCGACCCACUGGCAGCCCUCAAAGCCAGACAGAAGCAAAUAGAAAUGUCCAGCCUUUCAGGUGCAGAACCCAGCACCAUCCUCCAGUUCACAUACACCACCAAUGCUCAGAUGUACAGCCUGCUGAAGAGAACAGCAGCCAAGUGCCCCCAAAUCACUCAAGUCUAUAGCAUCGGGCGCAGCACAGAGGGAAGGGACCUGCUGGUCAUUGAGUUCAGUGACAACCCAGGAAAGCACGAGCUACUGGAACCAGAGAUCAAGCUGGUGGCGAACAUGCACGGCAACGAGGUGUUGGGCCGCCAGCUGCUGAUCUACUUGGCGCAGUAUCUGUGCUCCGAGUACGUCCUGGGCAACCAACGAAUUCAGACCAUCAUCAACACCACCCGCGUUCACAUUCUGGCCUCCAUGAAUCCCGAUGGCUACGAGCUGGCUGCCUCAGAGGUAGAGGAUAACAGUGACCCGGAGCGCGCCAACCAGGAAGGCCACUUGUUGAAUGGUUGGACCAAUGGACGUACCAACGCCCAGAAUAUUGACCUCAACCGCAAUUUUCCAGACCUCACCUCCAUUUUCUACCGGAACCGCCGCAGCAGGCACUACCGCAUUGACCACAUCGCAAUCCCCGACGCCUACUGGUUCGGAAAGGUGGCACCAGAGACCUACGCAGUGAUGAAGUGGAUCAGGUCGCUGCCCUUCGUUCAGUCCGCCAGCCUCCACGGAGGUGAUCUGGUGGUCUCCUAUCCCUUUGACUUCUCUAGACACCCACAGGAAGAGAGGAUGUUCUCACCCACUCCUGAUGAACAGGUCAUCAAGCAGCUGGCUCGCACCUAUGCAGACGCCCACGCCACCAUGUCCAACAAUGACACUGAGAGGUGUGGAGCCUCCUUUUACCAAACCCGGGGCAUCAUCAAUGGGGCACUGUGGUACAGUUUUGCUGGUGGUAUGUCAGACUUCAACUACCUGCACACAAAUUGUCUGGAGAUCACGGUCGAGCUCGGAUGUGACAAAUUCCCAUCAGAGGCAGAGCUUUACCCAGAAUGGAAAAGGAAUAAGGAAGCUCUGUUAAGUUAUAUGGAGUCCGUCCAUCGAGGGAUAAAGGGAGUCGUUCAGGAUGUUGAUGGAAAAGGGAUUAAAGGUGCAAUUAUCUCUGUGAGGGGGGUAAGAAAAGAUGUCACAGCAGCUGAAGAUGGAGACUAUUGGCGGCUGCUGAAUCCAGGUACUCACAUCCUGACAGCCACGGCCAGGGGUUACUCCAGGGUCAGUAAGAGGGUUUAUCUGCCGCACAACAUGAACAAGGCUGGACGUGUCGACUUUGUCUUGGCGAAGGUGCCCAUAGAGCCUGACAUCGACGACCAUCUCUUCCCCACAGUAGACACGUGGGAACGAUUCGACCCGUACAACCAGUUCGAGCGCGACAGCGAGCCGGGCGCAAGGGAGGAGAAACCGUGGUGGUGGAACUACUUCUCCCAGUCUGGCAUUUCACCUCCACAAUGGCUGCUGCGAAGUGUCUAAAAUAACGACUGGACAAUAAGGAACCCAGCAUACCACUACGAGACUGGUGAUGCCACUGGUGCUUUCAGAGGUGUCUGUGUAGCAGUAGCCGUGACACUGAAAUCAGCAGUGAGCCCAGAGCUAAAUACGUUUCAGUGCUUUCUGGAUGUGAAUACACAUUUUUUUAGGCAGUAAAUAGAUUUGAUUUGAUGUCAAAUAAUUGGCAAAUAAUGCAUUGCAGCUGCAUUCAACUUGUUUAAGUAAAGAUUUAACCACUGCAAAAUAGAGGAUGGAUGCCUCAAAAGAUGUUAAUCAAAAGUAAUUCAAUGCACUUAUUUGAAUAUAGUGGCACAAUUUCAUAUGUGAUGGCAGCUGCAAAAGGUGUGAACUUGAAACAAAUGUUGCACCUCAUCAUUUAAUUUUUAAUAUUAAUACAUUUCAUGGCUUAUGUUUUAGCUACGGUUAAUACAUUAUGUAUAUCAGUGGAACACUCAAUCAUGUCUAAAUCGUGCACUACAUUUAAGCUUGGAUUGAUGAGCAGCAUUAGUGUGCCAACUGUGAACAGUUGAACUUCUUGCUUGUUGGUUCUUCACAAAAAAGAAACAUUAAAUAUUUGUGGCAAAUCCUC